UGAGUAAUUAACAUAAGAAAGAGGUUCUUAAAACCCUGCCCACAGCCCUUCUUCCUAAACCUCUCUCUCUCUCUCUUUCUCUGUCUGUGUCUGCCAUAACCAAAGGACCAAGUUCAACUCAGCUUACUGGUCACACCACAGGCUACAGCUUUCCGGUGAAGUUCAGAAUUCAUCAUGGAUUUAAAAAAACUCAAAGGUAUGAAUUGGGUUGGAAACAUUUACCAGAAAUUUGAAGCAAUCUGCCAGGAGGUGGAUGAUAUUGUGAAUCAGGAUACAAUUAAAUAUGUCGAAACCCAGGUGCAGACAGUGGGCAAAAGUGUGAAGAAACUCUGUUCUGAUGUCGUCCAAGAUUUAAUUCCUCCUUUAGGGAAUCCUGUUAAUCAUGACGCUCAAGAGGUGGCUAUUACAUAUAAUUCUGCCAUUAGUACUAAGUCAAGGGAAGACUUAGAGGAAAAUUCUUCGGAUGAAAUUGAAAAGCAAUCACCUGCAGAGCCCAAUGUAAUGGAUCCUGUGAUAAACCAGCCGAGUCUUGUCUCUAGUAAAUAUUUCCUUGCAGAUCAACCUAGUUCUCCAACAUCAAUGGAUGGUUCUGAGGUGUUAGAGUCCGACGUAUCUGUGGGAAAGAUUCGUGAAGUUUUUUCAAAUGAAAAAUCUUUAGGUGCAACUGAAAUGAAAUCACCUUCAGAGCCCCAUGUAAUGGAUCCUGUGACAAACCAGCCGAGUACUGUGUCUUGUAAAUAUCAACUGGCAGAUCAACCUAGUUCUCCAACUUCAAUGGAUACUCUUGAGCUGUCAGAGUAUGACUUGUCUGUGGAAAAGAUCGAUGAAGUUUUGACAAAUGAAAAGUCUUUAGAUGCAACAGAAGAAUCACCUACAGAGUGCAAUGUAAUGGAUCCUGUGACAAACCAGCUGAGUCUUGGCUCUAGUAAAUUUUACCUUGCAGAUCAACCUUAUUCUCCAACUUCAAUGGAUACUCUUGUGCUUUCAGAGGCUUACUUUUCCGUAGAAAAUCAAGAGUCUUUAGAUGCAACAGAUAAUCAACCACCUACAGAGCCCAAUGUAAUGGAUCCUGUGACAAACCAGCCGAGUCUCAUCUCUUGUAAAUGUCACAUUGCAGAUCAACAAAGUGCUCCAAUUUCAAUGGAUACACUUGAGGUGUCUGAGUCCGACUUUUCUGCGAGAAAGAUUGAUGAAGUUUUGACAAAUGGAAUUUCUUUAGAUGCAACUAAAAAUCAAUCACCUACAGAGCCCAGUAUAAUGGAUCAUGUGGCAAACCAGCUGAGUCUUGUCUCUUCUAAAUAUCACCUUGCAGGUCAACUUAGUUCUCCAACUUCCAUAAAUACUCCUGGGGUGUCAGAGUCUGACUUGUCUGUGGAGAAGAUUGAUGAUAAUUUGACAAAUGAAAACUCAGAUGCAAAUAAUGAAGAAAUUUCCAUAAAAAUCCUGGAUUUAACUUCUCCUGUUGUGUCAGAACACUUUACAGAGUCACCAUUUCAGGUAUUUGCUCACAGUAAUUAUGAAAACAGGCAUACUUUUUUGCCUGAGGUUGCAACUAUAUCCCCAGCACAUGGAUUGGAGUUUGAAUCCCAGCAAAAAUCUACUGUUUGUUCAGAUGAAAUUUUGAGUGUUUCUGGUGCCUCAAAUACUACUUCUGAAAUGGCCUUUUCAGUUGUAUCUGGGGAGGAUACUAUAGCGGAGAUGGGAAUUGCACCCUUCAGCAGCUGUAAUGCAAAGGAAUCACUUAGGCUCUUUGAAUAUUCACCUGAAAACUUAUCCCUGGAAGCAAUGUUUUCUCAUAAUUAUGUUGAGGUGACUGGGUGUGUUUCUGAUGUUUCUAAUGAGAUCCCAACAUCUGUUUCACCCUUAACUGUGUCUGGUAAAAUUAAGGAUGUGGAUAUGGGACUUUCUUCAUUCAGCAGUGUCCUAUCACUGGAACCAGUUGAAGAAGGCACUUCCAGAAUUACGUUGACCAUGCCUCUGAUAGUACCAUCUGGAAAACAGCAAGUUCAGAUCUGCGAGUCUGUUCAAUUUGAUGCUCUUAAUUCCUUUUCAGAUAUUGGCCUUUCAGAUUAAUCAAGUUGUGAUUUUUCUCACUCUAGCAUGGAAACCAUUGAUUUGCAUGAUAAGGUGAAGCUUGAGGAGAGCUGUGUCAUUGUAGACGAUAGUGUACUGCAUGCUAUCUCUUGCAGAACAAGAAAACUAAGAUCAUACAAGAAAAGAAUCCAGGAUGCUUUUACAUCAAAGAAGAGGCUGACAAAGGAAUACGAACAGCUAGCAAUUUGGUUUGGGGACACUGAUAUAAAUUCCAGCCAAGAAACACUCUCUAACAUGAAAAAUUUGCAAACUCAUGAUGCCUGUGACUCUGAA